UUGAAGAUAAACAUAUUUUUGAAUCAAUAGCUCUAAGAAUUGUUAGGCAUCAAAUACUUAUGUAAAUAUGCCGUUCGUAGUUGAUGCAGAAAACAAAAUUUGUUGUAAUGGCUAUCCAACGCAAUUCACGCAAUCAAAACGAUAUAGGUAACAAUGCUGCAGAGGAAGGUAGAGGACAUGUGGAAGAGAUUCCAAACUCUAAGGACGAAUCUGAAGAGACCUACAAUCAGAAAUCCAGAAGAAGAUUUUUGCAAAUAGGUAACUUUCCGAUAGCCGCGAACCAAAAUCUCACAGAAAGCAGUGGCGGCACGACAUUCGAGAAAAUUGCCAUUUUCUUCACUUGGCUCGUCGUUGUCCUCACCUUUCCCAUAAGCAUUUUCUUUUGUUUUACUACAAUCCCCGAGUAUCAGCGAGCUGUUAUCUUUCGGUUGGGACGGGUAAGGAAAGGCGCAGCAGGGCCCGGUCUGGUUUGGUAUUUGCCUUGCAUCGAUUCUUACGGAAUUGUGGACUUGCGUUGGCGAGUCGAAGUCAUUCCCACUCAGGAUAUAAUCACCAAAGACGCGGUCACACUGACUGUCGAUGCAGUGCUCUUCUACUAUGUCAUUGGCUCAUUGAAGUCGACUGUGAAAGUCGAGGAUGUGCACGAAGCUACGAUCCUCCUGGCGCAGACAAUGGUACGUAGCGUCUUGGGUACCAAGAAACUUCACGAAAUUCUGACCUCCAGGGAAUUAUUGUCCCAAGAGAUUCGCGUUAGCUGCGAACGAUCUACUGCAAGCUGGGGUGUGAAAAUCGAACGAGUUGCACUUAAGGACAUCAAUCUGCCGGAAAUGUUUCAUCGAGCGAUGGCAAGUGAGGCGGAGGCUUUGAGGGAAGCUCGUGCCAAGAUCAUAUCUGCCGAAGGAGAACACAGCGCAUCGAAGGCUUUGAAGGAGGCAUCCGAUGUGAUGGCCAAGAACAAAAUUGCCCUGCAGUUGCGGCACUUGCAGAUCCUAACAUCAAUUUCCCAUGAGCGCAAGCUUCAAAUUUACUACCCAUUUCCAUUAGAUAUGCUGACCGGGUUUACAGACUCCGCGGCUGCUGCUCCUGCUGCGCCCAAAAAUGACAAGGCCAAGGAGGAACGUCAGCCACUGAAAGAAUCCGUGAUAUCGAUUGUUACGAACAUAUUGGAACCAUUCAUAAGAAACCCCAUAGAGAUAUUGGAGGGUGAAUCGUUUCUAAGGACAGCUGAUGUGAAUCAGUCCAUAAAUGAGGACUUCCAAAGUGCUCCCGAUUCUCAAAGACAAAUACCAAAUCCUGAUGAGCCGCCACAGUCUGCCAGUCCCCAACCAGACGAAAACGACCAUACUAAAGGAACUCAAACCGACCCGAAAACUCACAAGUAGUAUGGAUAUAGAAUCGUGCAUAUUGUAUUAUGGGAAAUUCAUUUUAAUUUUGUGAAGGCCAAACCAGACCAGAGAUCAAAUUAACUGCUUCAAUUUUAUUCUCCUGUAAAACCAACUCAUAUUUUAAGUUGUCAAAAAUUUAAGUUAAGUUAUAAUAUUGGAGAUCUUAUAUGUAAUAUAUAAGUGGCAAUAUUGAUUUGAAUUCAUUCUAUCCGUACUUCAUCUUCUAUGCCAACUUCGCUUCAAUUUCAUCUGCAAACUGGAAUCAAAUACAUAUGGCAAUGCAUUGCUCUCUGAAAGAGAAGUAAGAAACGUCAUUUCAACAUUAUUAUGUGUGCAUUCAUAUAUUUCAAAUCUGAUUUUCACAAUUCCCAUUAUGGCGGUUGCAACAAAGUGUUGCCGCAUCCGAGUCGCUGCUGGCUCUCGUCUGCGUUAAUGUGCUUCAAAUGAGUUCGUGCGCCGUAAAUUAGCGAGGAAAGUUAAUCUUAACGUGCCAGUCGAUGCAAAGGAAAACGCCGAGGAAUACAACCGACGAAUAUGUCAAAAAGGAUACUCUGCAAAAUUAAGGAGAACAAUAUGUGUUCAGGUCUUAGUAAUAAAAAUAAAAAGUUGAUUAAAUUUAUAAA